CGCUGAAGUCAACUCGGAGUUUGGCUCUGACUCCUGCGCACCCAUAAGACAAAUAUUUUUGGAAAUAUUAAAAUAUGCGUUUUACAAUAAUGUCUAAUUAUAAAAAUUCGUAAAGACGUCUUCUUAAGGACAACUGUAUACAUAAAUAACAAUUGUAUUGAUUACGAUUUUUAAUCCUUGCAAACAACGUUAAAAUAUCUACAGAUGGCUGAUAAGGCUAUUAUGAAGCAAAUUGCUGAACAAAAACUGAAAGCAUUUUCUAUUGGCACAAUGGGCAAGAGGCCAUUGAGUAAAAAGGAAUUAGAAGAGCAACGUAAGAAGGAGCAAGAACAAGCUGCAGCUCAAGCAUUUGAGGAGUUUGUAGCAACCUUCCAGGAGACUCCUAGUAAAACAACAAGUAAAGUUUGGGUAAAAGCAGGGACUUACGAUGCAGGCAAACGACAGGAGGACACAAGAGAGAAGGGAAAGCUUUACAAACCCCAAUCAAAAAUAUCAGAGCUUGUUGACAGUAGAUCAUCAGCAGAACAAGCACAAGAAUAUGCAAGAUUGCUUGGAUCGAAUGAAAGAAAAUUGGAUAGAUUGGGAAAAAAGAAAAAAGAAGGUGAAAAGAAAAAGAGCAACCUUGAACUAUUUAAAGAAGAAUUAAAAAUGAUACAAGAAGAGCGAGAAGAAAGGCAUAAAUACAAAGGUGUAGUCAAAACUGUUAUAUCUGCUCAAUCAGAGGAUCCAAUGUUGGCAGCUUUAAAAUGUGUUGAAGAUGGAUCAUUUGACAACGGGGAUCCUAAUACAACAAAUUUAUAUUUGGGAAAUUUAAAUCCAAAGAUUACAGAGCAACAGUUAAUGGAAAUAUUUGGCAAGUAUGGACCAUUGGCUAGUAUUAAAAUUAUGUGGCCACGAAGUGACGAAGAGAAAGCUAGACAACGAAAUUGCGGUUUUGUUGCUUUCAUGAGUCGCAAAGACGGGGAACGAGCUUUAAAAAAUCUCAAUGGUCGUGACAUAAUGCAAUAUGAGAUGAAAUUAGGCUGGGGAAAAAGUGUACCGAUUCCACCUUAUCCGAUUUAUAUUCCACCUGCUUUGAUGGAAAUCACACAGCCACCACCUCCAUCUGGUCUUCCAUUUAAUGCUCAACCACAUCGCCGUGACAGACAUAAGGUACCUCGUAUUCGAAAUCUACAGGCUGCAGACACUCAAGAAAAAGAAAAUUUUGAAAAGGUUUUGCAGAACGCAGUGGUCAAAGUGGUUAUUCCAACAGAAAGGAACCUAGUAAUGUUAAUACAUAGAAUGGUAGAAUUUGUGAUUCGAGAAGGUCCAAUGUUUGAAGCAAUGAUAAUGAACAGAGAACUAAAUAAUCCAAUGUUUAGAUUUCUAUUUGAAAAUUAUUCUCCUGCGCACACUUAUUACCGGUGGAAAUUAUAUUCCAUAUUACAAGGCGAUGGACAGAAGGAAUGGCGCAUCGAAGAUUUUAGAAUGUUUAAAGGUGGAAGUGUAUGGAGACCGCCGCCAAUCAAUCCAUGGACACAAGGAAUGCCUGAUGAGUUGAUUGAGAUGGAAGAAAGACAAGAACCCAGAAGAGGCAGUUUGUCAAAUAGUCAGAGAGAUCGAUUAGAAGAUUUAUUGCGAAACAUAUCACCUGAAAGAAUAAAAGUUGCAGAAGCAAUGGUAUUUUGUAUAGAACAUGCUGAAGCAGCAGAAGAGAUUUGUGAUUGUAUUUCAGAGUCUCUGUCAAUAUUACAAACUCCUGUAAAUAAGAAAAUCGCGAGAUUAUAUCUUAUAUCGGAUAUAUUACAUAACUGUGGCGUUAAAGUAAAUAAUGCUACUAUUUAUCGGAAAGCGUUUGAAACUCGACUAUUGGAUAUAUUUAACGAAGUUCACCAAGCCUAUAAGCAAUUUGAUAGUAGAUUAAAAGCAGAAGGAUUUAAAGUUCGUGUUAUGAGAAUGUUCAGAGCGUGGGAAGAUUGGGCUGUAUACUCGCGAGAUUUUCUUGUUAAAUUGCAGAAUACUUUUCUUGGUCUUGUCUUGAUGGAUGAACCUGAACCGGAAAAUGAUGAAGAUAUCGAUGGAGCACCUUUAUCAGAUGUGGAUGGAGAUGGUGCGGAAGAUUUGGAUGGAGUACCAUUAGACGGUGCUGCUCUUCUUAAAGGUGCUAUGAAACAUGGUCUAACUCCACAAACGACAUCUAAUUAUGACGACAUUGACGGCGUUCCCAUGGAUGAAGAUAUCGAUGGUGUGCCUAUGGACGACGAAGAUUCUUUAAAUAUACGAAACAAAGAAGAUGACAAGAAGCCAGCAAUCCCUGCAGGUUUUGUUCCAUCGCGAUGGGAAACCGUUGAUCCUGAUCAGGUUGAAGCACAAGCCAUGACGACCAGUAAAUGGGAAGAAUUAGGCCAGAAUGAUGAUUCCAAUUCUCAAGAUACCAGUAUGGAUUCGAGUGGUAGAGAUUAUAACGAAGAAAGAAGAAAUAGACUACGCGAAAUUGAAGUUAAAAUAAUGCAAUAUCAAGAUGAACUGGAAAGUGGUAGAAGAACAUUAAAAUCCGGCAUGACAAUUCAAGGACAAGUAGAACAUUAUAGGAAAAAGCUCAUAAGGAAGAGUGAGAGAGAAAUGAAAGACGCAAAAAGUGAAGAACGAGACGAGGAUCGACGAAGGGAAAAGAAACGAAGUACAACACCAGAAUCUCCAAGUCACUAUAGAGAUCGAAGACGAACUUCAACAAGCCCAUCGUCUAAAAGCAGUAGAUACAGAUCGCGUAGUAGAUCACCACGUGGUAAACGUAGAUCACGAUCACCGUAUAAAAAACGAGUGCCAGUGACACCGUCACCGCCACGUAUUCGACGAACACCUUCGCCUUCCUUUUCGUCCAGGGUAUCCCGUAGGUCGCCUGUUAGUGAACGAAAUGACAGAAAGAGAAGAGCUAGAUCACCAUCGUUAUCACCACCCCCUCCACCACGUGCUUCAAAACAUAGAGCUAAUAGUCCACCUUCUCCAUCUCCACGUAAACAUAGGCAUAAGCAUAAAUAUUAAGUUAUCCUAUGUCGCGUUUCUUAUAUUGUUAGAAAACAAUGAAUCCAUUAAUUCUGUAAUAUGUACACGUUCAUACAAUUACAGAAUGAUAUUAUGAUUAAUAAAAGAUUAGUUAGCGCAGUACUAAUUAUGCAUUCGAUAUCAUAAGAUAUUCUUAUCCAAUUCGAAAUAUUUAGGUAUUCUUUCUCUUAAUUCCUUUUAAACCAAUUUUAUAUGCAUAAAUAUUUGUAUUUGUGAUAAUAUGAUGGAUGCGUGGAUGAGGAACGUGACGAUAGCAAUUUCUAAUCAUUAUGAGAAUUGUGUAUCUUUAUUCUAUAUAUCUAGUAUGUAAUUGCAUUAAGAAUUAUUAAAAACAUGUACAGAUAUAGAAUUGUCAUUUUAUUCUUAAUUAUUGUAUGAUAGUGAAACGUUUGAAAAUGAAAUAAGUUACAAUAUUAGACUUUGAUAAAAAAAAAUCAUAGAUUCUUUUCAACUCAGAAAUGUUGUAAUUAAUAAUUUACGUUGUAAAUAAAUCCUACUUUUAUUGUUUUGUUUAUUCUAUAAAAUUAGCAUAGUGUUACAAAUCGUGUACCUUAAUUUAUACUUCAGAUAGUUAGUAACAUUGAAUAAAAUAUUAUAAUUAAUUUAAAAAAUUUCUUUUAAUUAUAUUGUAAUAAGUACUAUUUUUUAUAUAUUUAAUGAGUCAUUUAUUCACAGUAAUUUUUUGUAUAACAUAAAUUGUAGCAAUCGUCAAAAAAAUUUUGUUUAAUUAACUCAUUAAUUGUUGACACAUAUUGUAGAAAACUUCUUAAAAUCUUUAAGAAAAUGUUUUAACAGAAUUUCAAUACAUGUUCUAAUCUUCUAAUAUAUGUAUUAUAUAAAGCAGGGGGUUAUUAGAUACAUAAAUACAUUUCAAAGAAACGGACAAAAUUACAAUACUCCCGUAAUAAAAUACUAUAAGAUUCUAAUAGUAUCUUUCACAAUGAAAUAGAAAAUAUAUGUGUCAUAGAUAACAUAUGAGUCAAUCAAAUUCUAACAUAUAUUUUUACGUAUUGUAUUGAGCAAAUGAAAUGUUACUUUAUAAUAGAGUAAUAUGGAUGUAUACAGAUGUAAAAAAAAAAAUGUAAUGUACGUACGCCGCUAUCAAAACAUUACAAGUAGUUAUUACUACCAAUAAUCGCAGUAAUAAUAUCAAGCAAGAUAAGGAUAAAAAAACUAGUUACGUUCCUAAAACGAAAUGAAGAUUGUUACAUUUUUGUAAUUUCAUGAAAUAUAUGAAAA